AUGCUGCCGCCUGGCUCCUUCGAGCAGCAGCAGCAGCAGCUCGGGCACGACGCGCUCGCGGCCGUCUCCUCGGCGGCGGCGAUGGCGGGCGUGCCCGACCCGGUAGGCGAGGCGAUGGGCGGCAUGGAGCAGUUUUAUCACGCCGAGGGCAUGCCGCCCGAGGCGUAUGGGAUGGGCAUGCCGCCGCAGGCAAUGCCCGAGGGUCCCUGUGUCACGAUGGCCGCGCUCUCCAUCCGGCAGCCCUUCGCCUCCCUUAUCCUGUACGGCGCGCGCACGCGGCCGACGCUCAAGCAAGUGCAGGGCCCGCUGGCGGUCCACGUCUCCCAUAAGGAAGAGCCGUACGACUCGCACCUCGCGAUUGCGAUCCUCCGCCGCCGCUACCCCGACGAGGCCAUCUCGCAGCUCUUCCAGCUCCCCGCCGCCAUGGCGCAGGGACACGGGUGCGUCGUCGGCAUCGUCGACGCGCAGCUCACAGAGCAGGCUGUCUACCCCGCUGCGGCGACCUACCUGACCCAGCUGCGCUCCCCGCGCUGGCUCGCGUACCCCGUCCGCGCCACCGGCUCCAACAAGCUUUGGGAGGUGACGGUGCCCGUCGACGCAUUGCCGAAGGGGACAGAGCUCGACGCGCGCGGGAACGUGCUCUACGUGCCUACCGCGACCAAUGCGGACCGGUCCGCGUGCGGCGUCGGCGGCGGGGUCGGGGGCGGAGGCCUCGAGGGCGACGAUGCGAUGCUGGGCAUGCUCGGCGGCGACUUUGAGUCCAAGAUCGAGCGCGAGGAGGAGCUGCUCGAGCAGCUGGCCGCACUCGAGGCGGAGGCGCAGGGGGGGUCGCCGCAGGAGGAGGCCGCCGGCCUCGCGCCGCCCGGCAUGCUCGCCCAGGACCCGCUCGGCUUGCCUCCGAUGCCGGCGACGGGCAUGCCCGCCGACGGCCUCCUCCAUGCCGGAGGCAUGCCGCCGAUGCCGUCCGACAUGGUGGCGGGUCUGUGA